CGCCGACUGCAACGUGCGUGCCGGUUUUUUUUGUGCUUGUGAAUCGGGAAGUAAGUAAGAAGGCAGGCGAGUAGCUUUUGUCAAAGCGUCGAUCACUGCGGAGGAACGAAGAGAUCUGGAAGCCACUGAGAUCCGGGAAGAGUGAAGAGUGAGCGCGAGGAGGGUGAAAAAUUCAGGGGCAAAUAACGAUAAUCAAACAAGUGAAAAAAUGAGGAGCGUCGCGUUGGCGCUGGCGUGUUCCUGCGUCUUGGCCGUUGUGGGUCCGUCCUGGACGAUGGAGGAGGCGGCGUCCUCGAUGCCGCUUCAACCUUCGUCGGGCAGCAUGGCCCUCGACUCGGAUUUGGACUCGGAGGGUCUGCAGAGCGGGCCGGAAAAGCGGGUCUACAGUUACGUGUCCGAGUACAAGAGGCUCCCGAUCUACAACUUUGGUCUGGGGAAGCGGUGGUCGACGAGCGGCGUCGUCCCCGAGGAUAAGAGAGCACGUCUCUACUCGUUCGGGCUGGGAAAGCGGGCGAGACCUUACAGCUUCGGUCUUGGAAAACGCGGAGAGAGUUACGGAAACCAGGUCAGGAUGGAGGACGACUACGAGGAGGAGUUGCGGGAGCCGCUCGACGAGUUCCUCCAGGACAAACGGAGCCGUCUGUACAGCUUCGGUCUUGGAAAAAGAACCGCGGGGGCGGAGGAGCGGGGCGAUUUUGGACAGCGGUUCAAUUUCGGAUUGGGAAAACGACCCAGCGAGGCGGAAUUCGGUCGACGGUACAAAUUCGGUCUCGGUAAACGGCGGUUCGGCGGGGAUGAAGAGGCGGAUCAGCGGCAGAUCGCCCUCGCCUCUCAGCUGCUGCAGAGUCACUAUUUUUCCAAUUUGUUAUCACCGAGAGAGGCGUACAUCGUCUCCCAUGGGAUCAGACGCGACGACGCCCGUCGUCCGAGGCGAAAAGCGAGGCGGCCGUCAGUCGGUUCGAGAACCAGGAUGAACAACGCGGCCGCGACGUAUAACGAAAGGUGUAAAAUCCGGAAGUGGAGGUUCCCCGGGGGAUUAUCGUACCUUCCGGUUCUCCUUCUGGUCGUUAUUCUCCCUCCGCGAUCCUCGGGCAUCGAGAUAACUUGGAGGCCGGAUCUCGACUGGACCACCAAGAGCAACUGGGUAAACGAUUUCGUGCCCGAGAAUGGAAGCCGCGUCGUUUUCCCCGUCGAGAUGCGACUGUCGGUCGGACUUCCGGCCCGAAACGUCGUCCUCGACGUCGCCGGGCUUCAACUGCCACGGGACGGAGGCGUCGCCCUUCCAAAAGCAGGACGACUCACGAUAAGCGAAUCUAAUUCCUCGGCAAAAACGGCGGAGUGGAAAACGGAAGGUCCGUUGCUCUGGGCGGAUCCGAACAACUGGUCCUCGAAGAGGUCGCUGGCAGCGAUUCCUCACCUCGAGCGACUUCCGUGUCAGGAUGACGUCGUCGUCCUCCCAGCACCGGACCGCGUCUUCAGCGUCCGAAUGCCAAACGCCGAGGGCGUCAAGGUCAAGGGUGUAAGGCUGAGCGGUGACCUGGGAACCAUGCCGUCAUGGGACUGGAGAGACGCUAAAUUUCGGAGCGAGUUCGCCGCGGGACCGGCAUCAGUCGAGUAUAGCGGGUUGAGAAGCUGCACUAAUUGUCCUUGCCAGCCGGAAAGAACCGGAAGGGAGAUGCUUGAGGAAGUGUGCGAAGUCGUAAAAUCAAGCUGCGAGACGAUCUGCGACACCCCCAUCCGGAUCGAGGGUCACUGCUGCGACUUUUGCGGGGGCCGGGUUAAAGUGACGGACAAGACAUCGUUGAAUUUGUUGAAGAAGAUGGCUGACCAAGGCUUGUCGGGAUAUGGCAGCAGUUUAUCCUGGUACGUCCGUAGUACGUGGGACUCGCGUGGGGAAAUUUUGAUAGCUGGAAAAGACGGGAAAUACUCGUUUAGCCAGAUCGACGAUGCGAUACUCGCCCUCGCCAACGUUCUGAAAGAGCAGGGAAUCGAGAUCGUCGACACCGAGACGACAGGCUUCGCCCUGACCAUGUCAAAAACCGCGACGAUUCUGUUGCCCAUUUUCGGAACCCUCGUCGUCGUCGUCCUCGUUUUUCUCGUCAUCUUCCCCUACUUCGGGUACCCGUUACUCGAGAUCGUCGAGGACAGUUGGAGCGCAAUGCGUGUUCAUUUUUCGGAGAACAGAGAUGAGGGAAUGGCAUCGGGAAGCGGAACAAAGCCGAGAUUGCAUUUUCGAUCGUUCAGGUUCGCCCGUUUUCAAAACACGCCCGAUUCGAACGUGGAGUUGGCUACAGCCGCGGGAGAUAUCGUCGCCGAGGACGAAGACGAAUACGCCGAGGAGGAGAGCGGAAUCGGGAGUAGAUUCGCCAACCCGCUUUACCGAUCCGGAAAAAAACAAACCGCGGCUUCGCCGAAUGUUCAGAGCUUCGCGGCGUUACGGAAAACCCAAGACGCGGAGGAUCUUCUCCCUGCGGAUGACGAAGUCGACCUCACCCUCGACCCCUAGGCUUUGAAAAGCGGUUUAUACCCUUUAUAUUGCACAGAUCAAAUCCGCCCACGACCGUCAAAAGCGUCGAGCGUCGCUUUUUGCUUGUGCGCCGAGUGAU